AGACGGCGUCGUUAUCUUUCGAUCUGACGGCCGGCGAUAACUGAUAACAGACCGAACAAUUUCGACAAGACAAGACAACAGAUAAGAAGUACUGCGUCCGUUGUUUCGUUACACUUUACACGCAGAACGCUCAGCGACAUUUGCACGCCACCGUAGGUUCUUCGUGUCCACGACCAACAUGACCGCUACCACCGCUGACGUUACGUGCACGCCUGUGUUGGACGACCAAAUAGUGGCCAACAGUGCCAGUUGGUCGCCGAAAAUGUUGGCAUGGCAAGUGCACUCAUACGGCACCCUGGACGAUCUGGUCCUAACCAACAACGCCAGAUCGCCCGUCGUGAUCGGCCCCAAAGACGUUUUGGUACGCGUCAAAGCGUCAUCUGUCAAUCCGCUCGACGUUUUAAUGACCGAGGGCUACGGGCAAGUCGUGUUGGGCACGAUUCGUCAAGCACAACAAAAAUCGUUACACAAACCAGUCGAGUUUCCGUUGACUCUCGGAAGAGAUUUCGCCGGCGAAGUCGUCGCCAAAGGAGCUAACGUUACAAAAGACUUGAAAAUUGGCGAUCUAGUCAUGGGCGUCGUUCCCCCUUUUCACCAAGGCUGUCACGCCGAGUUUGUUUCAGCUCCACAAAGCUUAGUAGUUAAAAAGCCAGUCCAUAUGUCCAAUGAAGAAGCGGCCGGUUUACUAUACACGGGUUUGACUGUGUAUAGUGCAUUGAAAGUAGCUGGCGGACUAUAUGUUUUAAACGCUACUAACAAAAGCGUACUCGUGAUCGGCGGGUCUGGCGGUGUCGGAAGUUGUGCUAUACAGUUGUUGAAAUCCUGGGGCGCUAAGGUAACUACCACAUGCAGUACAAAUGCCAUAGAUCUAGUAAAAACACUUGGACCGGACAAUAUCGUCGAUUAUACUUCUUCGGAUAUGAAAGAGCAAUUGGAACAAUUCGGAAAAUAUGACCUAAUAUUAGACGCCGCCGGUAUACCCUUCGAAGAAAUAAGUUCUUUUACGCCUUUGCUGAAAGGCUGGAGUUGUAGCGGUUUCAUAACUCUGCGAAGUCCUAUAUUGAAGAACACAGACUCGUACGGACUGUUCGGCGGAAUGUUGAAGAACGCCUACGAUUUAGUUGUACCCAACGUGCUGUCGGGUGCAAUUUUCAAAGGUUCCACCAUACGGUGGGGUGCAUUUAUGCCUCUGGAAGGAGGUGUUAACGAGUUGGCACAAUUAGCAGAGGAAAAGAAAAUGAUCGUCCCCCUCGACAAAGUAUAUAAGUUCAUGGACCUGAAAGAAGCGUACAAAAAGGUACAACAAGGACAUCUUCGAGGCAAAGUCAUCGUUACAUUUGAUCAAGAAAGCAUAGACAGAGCUAAAUUAACCUGUUGAAAUUCCUCAUUUUUUUUAAUACCAUUCACUCCACUAUUCUCGUUGUUAGCUGUUAUAUUAUUAUUAUUAUUAUUUGUAUAAAACAAAUAAUUGUUGUUGUAUGAUUAGAAAUUAAAUUUAAA